AAAGAAUUACGACAUUUUUUAAGAUCUGAUUAUAUGUGUUUAUAAACUAAAAACACGUCUUCUUCUAUUAGUUUGUGAUCUGUGGCGGGCUGUCCUUUGCUGCUGGGAAAUAUCCAAACAUGACUGUGGCGAAGCUGUCCUUUUCCCUGAACAUUCUGAGUUUACUUUGGUCAUUUACAGCAUUUUUUAUUAAUGUCAUCAUUUUGAUUGCACGCUACCGACCUUAUAGGAGAUACUCACCUUAUUGGGGAGUGGGACAAAUCGGAAUCCUGAUAUUGAGUCUGUUGGUUGUUGAAUUUUUCAUCUGCAUUUUCCUGAUCUACUGGUUGAGUAAAGCCAUUUGCAGACAACACUUUAAUACUCUGCCGACUAUAGUGCUGAAACCAGGAAACUGACAUUUGAAGAUUGAAGAGAAUCAAGAGUCAACAUCAUGUAUGCUCUACUUUGAUUGUAAAAAUCAGCAAUUGUUUUGAUGUCAGAUAUAACUGUAAACUAACCACAGAGACAAAAUCUGUUUUUAAAGGACACUUUUUGAUUUUUGAUUCACCAGUUUCCUAUAGUGGGAUUAAUAAAGUUUAUAUUUCAUCUCGUCUCUUAUGAGGAGAAGGUUGUCUUUACAAUGUUGCAAAACUUUGACUUCACUGGUUAAUACUUCCUUUUCUUCACUUCAUUUUGAUCUUUGCUAUUUUAAACAUUUCUACAUUCAUUUUAUUACAGUACAAUAAAGUUUUGAUAGAUUUUACUGAAACAUAUAAUCUGCUUUUUUAAGAAUCUAAUCAAAUGAACAUGCAUCUCCCCAAAAUGCUAAAUGUGAAAUCAAUUAUAAUAGUAUCUGCAUUGGUGAAAAAAAAAACAAAAAAUAAAACGAUGUGAGUUUUUGCUAAACUUCCGUUUUGUGUAUGCCACUCAAAAAAACUGUAUGUCAUUCAUGACGCAUUUAUGAAGCACCAUGUUAGGAGGUUCUUUCUGUCUUAGCUUUCAACAGCUCCCACCUCUGCGCUUCUCGGUCCCUUAUUCCCGCCGAGCUGGGAGCUGUUGAAAGCUCCCACUAACAUUGCAGAAGCGGCUGUCAUACAGACACAGCCCUCUGUACCGGGAAAAUCUUUGAAUAAUAAUCAUAACCCAAACAUGGAGACAUGAUUACUGAUGUUUUUGGAGAACUCUUUACAAUAAAUAGACCUUAUUCCUCGACAUGUAUGUUUCUCCAUUCCUUCUAAGUGAGAUAUCCAGAGACAGAGCUGGUAGCUCCUCCCACAUGCGGCCGCGGGGUCAGGAACACAUUUUUUCACAAGCGGCGAGCAGCGAAUUCACCAAGCGGUCAAAGAGGGGCGGGGCAUGCAAAUUUGUCGCGCAAAUCGCAUUCGGUGUGUAUGCACCAUAACAAUGUAACCUGAUCUAAGAUAAGGCUUCUUUUUAUUUGUUCCUCAAAUGGAAAAUUUUCACAUCGCAGCUUUACAGUUUACAAGAGAGCAAAAGAACACAGAACAUGUAAAUGAAAGUGGAUCCAACACAGGGCCUUGUGGUACGCCAAAAACUGACUUCAGGAAAAUGUAUUUAGUUUAUUUUAGCUUUGCUCAGCUUGGUUUGGUUUGCAUAGUUAUUCAUAUAUAUAUAAAAAAUAGAUAAAUGUAUGCACUUACUGAUAACUAUAGUCAGUUAUUCAAAGAGACUAUUUGGUGGAACUUAAGAAAGAUAAACAUUUUGAAAGGAAGAUAGGCAGAAAUUAAAGCUUAUUUAAUCUACUCCCUUAAACUUUGACAACAAAACACAAACAACAACAAAAACCCCACACUAUUUAUUGUUAUUAUCAAUAUAAUUUACUUUAGCUUAAAGAGCUUCAAUUUCCAUAGAGAGAGAGGUUCAUAAAGAACUAUCAGCUUGUUGGAAAGAAGCCUAGAAUAUUUUUCUCUUAUUUGGAGAUGUUGUUUGAUUAAAAAAAGAAGAAAGUAAAAGCUUGUUAAUUUUGACACCUAAAACUAUUAAACAGAGCUGUGAAUUUCAGUAAAGUGCAAAGAAAAACUGUAAAUCUUUCUUGUUGUCAUGUCAAGGGUCUUUCUUACAUUUUUGCAUGCUGUAUUAUUAAAAAUGUUUAUGAAAUUUCAUGAUCUCUUGUGUUCUUAAAGAAUAUUUUUACUACUUCCUGAAAAAUACCUUCACAUACUUUAACUUCCUCAUCCUAAAAACACACAGUAACAUUCUGAGAGAUUUCUUCUAAGAUUCUUUUUCUGGUGCAACUUACUUUUUUUAGUUUGUGUUAAACCCUAUUUGUUUAAAAGAAGUAAUAAUAUCAUUAGACAUGUAAUUGAAGGUAACUGUCUUGCAGUCUUUUCAGGCGUGGUGUGUUCAUAUGUGAGGUGGGGGCAGGGCAGAGGUAUGAAGGCGAGUCGGAGACAUGUCAGUCUGGUCAUUUCCUCCAUGAGUUCCUCUGAAGAAGUGUUGUUUCUCUGCUCUCAAGCAAAGACCCACAAAAUAGUGCUGGUGUUGCAGUGAGGCUUCACAACCAGAGACUCGGACUGCUUUAAUACGAAUCCUGUGGCUCUGGGGACGAUGAAGAACACCUUUGUCUGUGAUGAAUCCAUGAUCAUCACCAUUCCUGUUGGGAGCAUCCAGGAACUUCAGGACGGUCAGCUGAUGCCAGAACAAUUCUACUGCGUGUUCAAUGAUCACUUCAAGGUCCUUGUCAUCAAGGGGAAAGCUCAGCCUCUCGGAGCAGCCCAAGCUAUCUUUGGUCUGCUUCUUUCUGCUCUCGCACUGGUUGUCUAUGGUGACGUGUUUUGGUUAUUUACAAUUCCAAGCAUUGUGUUUGUGAUCUGUGGCGGGCUGUCCUUUGCUGCUGGGAAAUAUCCAAACAUGACUGUGGCAAAGCUGUCCUUUUCCCUGAACAUUCUGAGUUUAUUUUGGUCAUUUACAGCAUUUGUCAUGAACCUGAUAAUCGUGAUUCCACCAUCACUUUAUACGGUAUACCCACCUAAUAGGGAAUACCCAGAUUAUUGGGAAUACCCACUUUAUAGGAGAUACCCACCUGUUUGGGAAGUGAGACAAAUCAUAAUCCUGAUAUUGAGUCUGCUGGUUGUUGAAUUUUUCAUCUGCAUUUUCCUGAUCUACUGGUUGAGUAAAGCCAUUUGCAGACAACACUUUAAUACUCUGCCGACUAUAGUGCUGAAACCAGGAAACUGACAUUUGAAGAUUGAAGAGAAUCAAGAGUCAACAUCAUGUAUGCUCUACUUUGAUUGUAAAAAUCAGCAAUUGUGUUGAUGUCAGAUAUAAUGUAAACUAACCACAGAGACCAAAUCGUUUUUUUAAAGGACACUUUUUGAUUUUUGAUUCACCAGUUUCCUCUAGUGGGAUUAAUAAAGUUUAUAUUUCAUCUCAUCUCUUAUGAGGAGAAGGUUGUCUUUACAAUGUUGCAAAACUUUGACUUCACUGGUUAAAACUUCCUUUUCUUCACUUUAUUUUGAUCUUUCCUAUUCUAAACAUUUCUACAUUCAUUUUAUAAUAGUACAUUAAGUUUUGAUAGAUUUUACUGAAACAUAUAAUCUGCUUUUUAAGAAUCUUAUCAAACGAACAUGUAUCCCUGUUAGAUUAAUGUAUAGAUGUACUAUGAUAAUUUUUUUCUUUGUUGAAGAAUAUUCAGUUUUCUAUUUCACCACUAUAGGGUGCUAGUCCAUAAGGGUAUAUGUUUGCAACGUCAUCACGAAAAGCACGCCCGGAUGUAU